AUGAUAAUAAAGCAAAAGAGAAAAGAAUUUCUGGAGGAGCCUGUACAGAAAAAGAAAAAGGUGAAGACAAUCAUUAAAAUUGAGGAAGAUGUUCAAACUGUCAUUAAAACUGGGGACAGUGGCCAUCUCAAGAAAAAAACAAAGACAAGGAAAAAGGAGGAUUUAAAAGAUGAAUAUUUAUACAAGUCGCAACCAAAGAACAGUAAGAAAAAGAAGAAGAAGAAGAAAGUUGUGUCUGAAUUACUCAGAGAACCUCAUUUAGAAAGCUUUGUGAAUAUAAAAGGUCAUCUGGAUUUACAACUUCAAGAAGAAUCAGAGGAACAAGUUAAAAUACUCAAAAAGAAGAAGAGAAAUGUCCAGUGUCAUUUCUCCUUGGAGAAUAAUGAGAGUAGUGACGUGGACCUUUCAAAUCAUCACAGAGAUUCUACUAAUAGAAGUGAAUUCUCUUUUAAAAAAAAGAGGAAGAGUACUGCUUUGGAUUUGGAGUUGGGUGGUGAGGUAACAAAGAAAAAAAAGAAGAAACACAGUUUUUCAUUACAGGACAUCCAGGACAGUGAAAAAAAGCAAUCUGCCAAAGUUUGUAAAAACACCCAAAAAUACAUCACACAAGAAGUAGUUUUUAUGGGUGAAAACUAUGGCACAGGUUAUGCCCAGAAUGGUGGGGAGACUUGUGUGAGAAGAAAGAAGAAGGAGAAAAAGAAAGAUAAGUCUGACUGGUUUUUACCACUGACAGAUAAUCAGGACAAUGUACAUCGAGGUCCUGGUAGCCCCAUUGCAUUAAGUGACUUCAGAAAAAGGAAGAAACAUAAUUCCUGGGAAUUUACAUUGACAAACAGAGAGGAAGGGGACAAAAUUAAUAACUUUGGGUAUAUCAAAGAGAGGAAGAAGAAGAGGAAGAGAAAAGAUACUUCUUCCUCAACCUGUGAAGAAGAUAAGCCAGACUGCAGUCAAGGCAUUCCUGAUAGACAUCUCCCAGCACAGCAAGAAGUUGAGCUUGAGGAAGAAGAGCUGUCUGGAAAGAGACACUGGAAGAAUUUCAAGGGUAAUAACGAAGUCAGUAAGAAGAAAAAGAAGAAGAUGAAGAAAAAGGAGGAGGAAACAACAUAUUCAGAAGUUUAUUUGAACAAUGGCAGUGCCUCCAAAAGUCAAAAAAUGCAACUAGAAAGCAAUAAAAAGAACAAAGAGAGUGAAGUGGAGCGAGCUCAGUGUGUUACAGGGGAUGCUGUAGAUGGGGCAUUAUGCAAUAGUAAUCCUGUGCUGCGUGACAGAAAAAGGAAAAAACCAAAAAAAGUACCACCACAGGACUUAGCUGAGGAACCAGGUUCAAAAGCAGAUACAAAAAAGAUGACAGAAUCAGCAUGGAGUGAGUCACUGGAACAUCUAGAUGGAGUAAUUAUUGUGCGGGAAAAGAAAGGAAACUGUGAUGAAGUUAGCAUAGACAAGGUGAGGCGGCGGGCCCUGCAAGAAGAAAUCGAUAGAGAAUCUGGCAAAAUCAAGGCUUUCAGUUCCAAAGUGGGACAGAAUACGAAGCUUGGACAGUGGAGUACAGCUACUUUUAAAAGUUCUGAGGAACAAACAAAGUUUUUUAGACUGAUGGGCGGCUUUAAAAAGGGUUCUGUGCCUACUCAAAAUCCCUCAGCAAUUCCAAACAAACCAAACAUGGCUCUGAACAAGGAAGGGGAGGAGAAGUUACAGCAGGCUCUGAAGAUGGAAUUUGAUAAAGCAAUGGACUUGAAGCAACAUAGAGGAAUUGGUCUUGGAUUUCAGCCUACUGCCAACAAAAAAGUAUAUAUAGACAAAUAUGCAUCUAGAUCUAUAAAAUUUGAAGAUUAAAACUCAGAAAAGAGUGAAAUUUCCUUUUACCUUCCUCAUCUUUUUAUUUGAAAUAAGAUAACAAAAUGCUGAAGAAUGUUUAUGAGGUACUUGAAAUACAAGUUUUCAACUGCAUAUACCAAUGGAGCUGGGUCCUCACUUCAUCCAAACAGUUUUUCAAACCUUUAUUGUCAUUGUUCUGCAAGGCAAGAGACAGCCUCUUGCAAAGACUGAAGAUGCGUGCCAUGCCUGCAAUUAAUUGAAAUUCAGUGAAUUUUUUUUUAAAUGUUGAUUUAAU